AUGAGUUAAGAAUUAACUGACUAAAUUGAUAAUCAAAUCAAUAUAAAGCCAAAUGAACUUAUAUUAGAUUAUGCAUUUAAAAAUAUUGAUGACUCUAAGCUAAAAAUUAUUGGUGAAAAAAUUGCUUCUUGUACAAAUCUUUAAAAGCUAAUAGUAGACUUGGAAGAAAAUAGUUUUACUGAAAAUGGUAUUUAAUAUUUUGCUUAAGAAAUUUAAAGAUGUGAAAGUUUAGACAACAUAAAAUUAAUACUUCCGUACAAUCAUUUAAACAACUAAUCUGCUGCUUAUUUAUCACAGUCUCUUGUUUAAUUAAAAAAUUUGAGAAAAUUAUGUUUAGAUUUAAGUGUGAAUGGUAUUUCAGAUGGAAUUUCUAAAAUAGGAGAACUUAUUGUAUAAAAUACUGCUAUAAAAUAUCUAGAUUUAAUUUUAUCAGAUAAUCCAAUCCAUGAUUAAUAAGCAUAACUAUUAAGCAAGUGCAUAUCUUAAAGCCAAAGCAUUAAAGGCAUUACUUUAAUGUUGCCAGAAGUUAAUGUAGGAAAUAUAGGAUUUUAAAGCCUUAUUGAAGCACUUACUUAAUCAUAGAGUUUAGAAUAAUUUAAAUUGGUCUUGAUAGAUUCAGGACAUGCAAUAACCUAAGAAUCUCUUGUUAAAUUUGGACAAGCUAUUUCUAAAAAUAACAAAUUAAUUUCUUUUCAUUUGAGUCUUUCAAACAUACCAAGGGAUGAUCUUAAAUUAAUCAAAUAAGUUUACUUUGAAAUAAGCUAAAACCAAAAUCUCGUCUCUUUCGUAUUAGAUUUUAGAUUAAAGUGA